AUGGUGUGGUUGUGGUCUUUGCAGAGUGACGCUCUCGUGCGAGCAAAAGAAGCCAGUGUCACAUUCUCGCAAUUUGUCAGGAUGUCCAACACCAACAACCGCUACAAGUCAACACACCAAGAGCCACCGAGCAGAACAGCACUGUCUUGGGUCAUUGAGUGGGAAAGAGAGUCUAGCAGCGACAGCAAAGGGUCAAGGGUUGAGAUUUCCAUUCCAACAAUGGGACAAGCAUUCAGUUUUACAAACAUAUUUGGCAAACUAUGGUCCACGAAUAAGGAGAUUAGAAUACUCAUAUUAGGUCUAGAUGGUGCCGGGAAAACCACCAUCUUGUACCGAUUGCAGAUGGGCGAAGUGGUAACAACCAAGCCCACCAUCGGCUUCAACGUCGAGACUUUGAAGUAUAAAAACAUCACGUUGAAUAUCUGGGAUCUCGGCGGACAAACGUCGAUCAGACCCUACUGGAGAUGCUACUAUUCAAACACCUCGGCAGUUAUAUUUGUGGUUGAUUCAACAGAUAAGGAUCGUAUCGACACCGCGUGCAAGGAGUUGCAUACCAUGUUGAAAGAAGAAGAGUUGCAAGAUAGUGCGUUGUUGGUGUUUGCCAAUAAACAAGACCAGCCCGGUGCCAUGACUGCAGCCGAGGUCUCGCAAGCGUUGAGUCUAACUGAUUUGAAAGAUAGAAGCUGGAGCAUAGUUGCUUCUAGUGCUAUAAAGGGAGAGGGUCUAACCGAAGGUCUAGAUUGGUUGAUGGACGUCAUCAAAGAUGAACAAUUGUAA